AUGAUUCCCAACCCUCUGCAACCUAAUUUUCCUAGGCCAAUGAUGAUGCAGGAAACAAGAAACUUUGUUAACAACAUAGUUUUCCAGACAUCACCACAACAACCUCUGUUGAUGCCUAGACCGAGAACAAACUCAUUUCCUCAUGCUAGGCGACAAGUGAGUGCUGCUUCACAAUCGUUUCAUGGUCCACCACAAGCUUUGUCAUUUGACACCACCGAUAUGACAUUGUUUCCUUCUCCAUUAAUCCACCAACGAGAGAUGAAGACUUCUCCAAUUGAUGGAACUAAGCCAUACAUCAACUUGCUAGAUAAACCCAUAAACAAUAAUGGAUUUUUUAAUUGGGUUAUCAUUAGUGGUGAUUCAUUGGAUCUUUCUUUAAGACUUUAG